CUCUCCAACACUAGACCAAAACCAAUUCGAUUAAAGUAAGCGAUUUCCCUUUGACAUUUAGAGAGAGAACUUCAAGAAGGUCAUUCAGAAUUAUAGCAGACUAAUUUAACUGUAGAACUAAACCAGAAAAUGCCAAUAGACCAAGUUUUCAUCUCCUAUUUGCGCAACAGCAACUGGAUCAAUGUCCUCCUGCUCAGAUCGAUGAACCUAUUCAGGCCUGUACUCGUCGGGUCACCCAAGGAACUGUUAGAGGUGACUCCCAAUGGAAUCGUUUGGAUCGAAAAUAACUUGGAGUACCGCAUCAUGUUGAAUGAAUACUUCGAUAUUACCACCAAGACCGAAGACGGUCUCAUUCCAUUUUCCCAUGCUGAAAUCCUGGGCAAUAAUUUGGCUUUUGGCCUCGGCCUGCGGAGGAUUAGACAUCCGGCUUUGAAUCAUCACACCAUUGAGGUGGAGCAAACGGAUCUCCCCCUGAAUAUCAACACCUAUACGGUGUGUUCCAUGCACUGCUGCAACUGUGCAAAUGAAAUCAUUGAACCGCGCCAGUAUCAUCAGAUCCAGGAGAUCCCAAGGACGACAAUGAAGCCGCAAAACUACUUCUGUGCCCGCAACAGAGUGCCAGUGUAUCCGAUGGACGAUGAGCUCUACUACGGCCUUAACUACCUGGUGAUCUCCACCGAAAUUCUGGGCAACGGAAUCAAAACCAUGCGUGGUCGUCGUCGCAUCAUGUGCUCUCUAUGCAAGCAGUUCGUUGGUGAAUUUUUGGGCAGGGAUGUGGCCGUGCAGUUGUAUGCGGAUGCCCUGCGAUUGGUGACCGAGGAUAAGCCAGUCAACUUCAAGGAUAUCUUUGGCCACGUUACAGCAACUCAAAUAUUGUUGCGCCUGCUGCACGACGCCGACCCCAAUGGCCCGGAGAAGUCUCGCCUUUUCCUAAAGGCAAUUCGCCCAGAUGGUCAACUGCAGUAUCUACACUUGCAUAUAGACACCAACCAGGUGCAUAUCCUACGCUCCGAAUUGGACACUUCCGAAGACCUGAAGCCUGUUGAAGAGUUGGCUAUCGAGGCCGAUACCAGCAGCGACAGUGAUUUCGAAAUCAUUCUCAGCGAUAGUAGCACCAGCAGCAGCAAUAGCACCAAAUCAAAGGUGGCAGACGUAGAAACUGCUGAGCCAACAGUGCAGUAUAUACACCUACGGGGCUUUCGUGGCUACCGUUUAAGGUAUAUAUUCUCUGAAAAUGAUCAAGAACUGAACCAAAAUUACGAGAUAACCAGGACAUGGUUUGAUGAGGGAUCACGCAUACUGCGUAUCUCAUAUCUAAUGAUGUCGGAGCUGAUCACCGAGCUCAAAGCCAAUGAGCACGUAGCUGCUUUUCUGGAGAAAACUCUGCCACCUCAGAAAUCUGAACAUCCCCGUCUCAGCUACAUACUCUUCGAGCCCGACGAGGACUUCUAUGCCAGGCACGAACAAAUCGCAAAUCCUGGAAAUUAGGGAUCAUCUACAUUUCAAGCUCUCUCUUUCUCUGUUAUAUGAAAAGGAUAAAUAAUUUAACUCGAUUUAAAUCUUUAUAAUAUCAAAAAGGAUAACCUUUUCAGAAACUGUAA